ACCAAAUAUCUGAAAUUAUUGGCCUACCAAUAAAGACCUGACGAAUAAUAAUUGAAUCUUUAAUCAUCAUAUCAUAUAAAAUUAAGCAUUACAAGUAAAUACGUAGGCAUGAAUUAAAUAAUCAAUACACCAUAUGAUUGCGUGUGUAUUUAAACCGAGUGGCAUGGUAACACACAAUUCCCCUCUCCAAGCAACAAUCUAAAUUAUAUAGAGAAAAAUAAAAAAGUUUUUCUUUCUUUUUUUUUAGAAACGAUAAUAUGUUGAUAGGGAGUCGACCACGGCCUCAAAUGCAGAGAACAGCAAGCAUAACGAGGAUCACCAUCGAGGUUGAUGAUGAUCAAACCGCCGGCCAAGACUCUGACGUUGCUAUGACGGUGGUUGACGGCGGAGAUAAUUACGACCAGCGGUUCUUGGGGAUGUUGUCGCCGGUAAAUCACCGGAGGAACGAGAGAAAAGAUGGUGGGCGAUCAUCACCGUCGUCGUUGUCGUCUUUUCUUGGAAACUGUGGAUUUUGCAAACGCCGUUUAGCUCCGGGUCGUGAUAUUUACAUGUACAAAGGGGACGCAGCGUUUUGUAGCAUAGAAUGUAGAGAACAGCAAAUGGAGCACGACGAAGACAAAACAAGAAACCGCGUCGUACUAUCACCAUCAAAUUAAACAUAUGCAUGGCUCAAAUUUGCUAUUACCCUAUAAUAAGUUUGUGUGUGUUUUAACUUGAGAUUGUUGUUUUUAAUUAUUAAUUAGUAUCAUCAUGUAAAAUUAAUCCGAUCCGCAGAAAAAAAUUGAAAUGAAACUAUCUUUCAUGUCCUGCA